AUGGAGAUGGCACCUGAUGGGCAAAUGCUGUACUUUCCUGAUCAGAGCUGCACCCAUCUACGGCCCCACUCGUCGCCCUGCAGGGUUUUCUCGAGGACCUGCUUCCACAAGAUGCUCAGACCUUCUUCCACAGCCACAGCUGUUGCAAACCCACUGCUGUCUUCUCUGGACAUUAAACGGAUUUUAUUUAAAAAAAUUAACCAGAAAAGGAAUGACUUAAAAAAAGCCUUUCAGCUGCUGGACCUUGGUCAGAACUGGACCGUGUCAAAGAGUGAACUGAAGAGGGUGCUCACCAUCUUCCUCCUGCCGCUCUCCAAGGAGCAGUUUCAAGAACUGUUGGCUCAGAGCCCCCUCACCAGCUCGGGCGCUGUACCGUACCUUGAAUUCCUGUCCAAGUUCGGUGGAGUGGACCUAAAUGUCAAUGUCACAAAGAGGGCCUCUGAGAAUGACAUGGGCCAGUCCCGGACGUUAAAUGAACUCGAGGCCCAGCUGGGAGACAAGGUUUCCAAGAACAGUAAAACCCUGCACAAGGCGCUCAGGCUCCUGGAUGUGAACAAGACGGGCCUGCUGCAGCCGUGGGAGCUCAGGAGAGUCCUGGAGACCUUCUGCCUGAGGAUGGGUGAGGACGAGUACACCAGGUUUUCAAGUCACUACAACGUUGAUAAGAGUGAAGUGGACUAUAAAGCGCUUUUGAAGAACUUGAGCAUCAACACCGACAUUAACUCCCGGUACUCUGUGGGCAACCCAGCGGUCUCAAGGAACAACCAACAAGUCAAACAUUCCAGUAGGAAGUACUCUCCCAUUUCGGAAUUAUCUGAAGACAUGGUGGAAAACUGCUCCUUAGACGAAAUCCAGAGGACCUUUUGCCAAGAGAUUCGGAAGUCCUAUGAGAGGCUGGAGAAGAGCCUGAGUGCCGGGGACACCACCCACAGCGGCUUCGUGUCUUUGAACUACCUCAAGACGGUCCUCGACACCUUUGUGUGCCGCCUCCCAAGACGGCCUUUCCUCCAGCUAAUGAAAAGGCUUGGACUUAACCCCACGGUGAAAAUCAAUUGGAAGCAAUUUCUAACAUCAUGUUAUGACGCUCCGGGGCUGGGUGUCAGCAGCUCCAUCCCCUGGCCAAGAAGAAACAGCAACUCUAGAAAUCAACCUUACAAGGAAAACGUGAUCACCAAGUUAGCUAGACAAGCAGAAGAUCGCAUCUGCUGCUUGGAGAAGGCCUUCCUGGAAGCCAGCAGCCUGGGCUGCCACCUUACUCUUACCACGAAUGCUCGGAGCCCUGGCGGCCCAGUGCCUAAGAACUGGACUGCUAGUGGACAGAAACACGAGGGAAGGAUCACAUGGAAAGAACUGCAACGUAUUCUAAACAGCAAUGCCAUACAAAUCCACGAUUCAGAAGUCAAAGAACUUAUGCAAAUGUUCGACCCUGGGGGCACCGGGCUGCUCAGCGUCCACGCGUUCCUUGACCUGCUUGAAGAAGAAAACUCAAAGAUCAGGAAGAGAUCCCCGCUCACUAGCACUAAAGCUAACCCUCUCUCUCUGGCCUGGAACUCAGUGGAAGAGAUGGUGUGUGGCGGGAUCCUGCGGGACAGGCCGGCCUUCUAUCAGAUGGUGCGGUCCUAUGACUGCGGAGACACGGGCUUCCUGAGUCAGACGACCUUCAAGAAAAUCAUAAGCACAGUCUGCCCGUUUUUGACGGGCGAGCAUCUACGACAACUCUGCAGUAAGUUUCAGGAUAUUGCUUCUGGAAGAAUCUGUUACAAGAAGCUGAUGGCCAGCCUAGGGGGCCACAGCUGGUGCAUUUCCUCUCCGGUUGCCACCCCAGCGGGUCCCCCGCCAAGUGAGUGUGUCCCAAAGGAGGAUCCGCAGCGUCCCGAUCUUCCCAAGAGAAUCAAAUCCGCCAAGGAGAAAGGCCCCUUGACCAAGAAUCUGACCAAAGAAGAAGUGAUUGAAAAGCUCAAAAACUAUAUGCAGCAGUCCAACCCGACCUUCAGGAAGCAAUUCUUUGACGUCAGCAAGGAGCCCACUGCAAAGAUCACGGAGCGUGACUUCAGGAAGGUACUAGAAAUGAACGGGAUGUGGAUGGACAACGAGCAGUUCGCUCUGCUGACCACUAAGAUAGGAUUUAGAAAAGAAGGAAUGAGUUACCUUGACUUUGCGGCCAGAUUCCAAGGUCACCCUGCCCUGCCCUUCCCCGACAACCCCCUCGAUGGGGAGGAAGUUGUGCAGCUGGGCUGCUGCGGCACACCCCCUUUCCUCUCUGGCUACAAACACAUUGCAGAUGUGGACAUGAGUCGGCCAGCCUCCUCUGCCGCGUGUCCUGCCCUUCGGACAAGACUGAGCAGUCCCUUUGCCUCUGCGGAGGAGUGCCUGAAACAUUUCCCCCUGAGGCUGAAGGAGUCCUUCCAGAACCCCUACUCGGCCUUCUUUAAGAUAGACAAGGACCGGGACGGCGUCAUCAGCAUGCAGGACCUGUACGGGCUGCUGGCCCACCUGCAGUUCAACCUCAAGCAGGAGGAGUUCGUGCGCUUCCUGGAGUUGCUCGGCCUGAGGCUCAGCGUCACCCUCAACUUCCGGGAGUUCCGCCACCUGUGCGAGAAGGGCACCCACAGGGCGGACGAGGCGCCCCAGAGGCUCAUCAGACAGAAACAGAAAGUUACAGACUCUGAACUAGCAAGUGAGCAGGCCCAUCAGUACCUUGUUACCAAAGCCAAAAACAGAUGGUCGGACUUGUCGAAGAACUUCAUAGAAACGGACAGUGAGGGCCGUGGCAUUCUCCGGCGACGGGACAUCAAGAAUGCUCUCUACGGUUUCGAUAUCCCCCUCACGCCCCGGGAGUUUGAGAAGCUCUGGACCAGGUACGACACAGAGGGCAGAGGGCACAUCACGUACCAAGAGUUUUUGCAGAAACUUGGCAUUAACUACCAGCCCACUGUGCACCGGCCGUACGCCGAGGAUUACUUCAACUUCAUGGGCCACUUCACCAAGCCAAAGCAGAUCCAAGAGGAGCUCAAGGAACUGCAGCGGGACACCCACCAGGCCAUCAGCCCCACGGUCAUUUCUCAAGCACGGGCGACCACCGGGGCUUCUAUCCAGGCUCCUGCCUACCAGCCCAACACUGGCCCCCAGACUCACCUCCAGCCCAUCUUGGCUGCCACUGCCAGUCUCGCUCACCACCUGCUGCUCUGCAAGGCCAUUGCCCUGCUGGACCACCUGCCCUGGGUCCAGUCAUGUUGGGGAGUCAGCUGUCAGAAUGAUUCCGUCAAUUACCUUGACUUCCUGAAAGCUGUGGACCCCAGCAAGGCUGCCAGACCCCAGCCGGGCGAGAAAGAGGAGAGCAAGCCGGUCAACUUUGCAGCCCUCCCCCUGGAGGAGGUGCUGAAGAAGGUCCAGGAGAUGGUGGACUCGUCCCAGGAGGCCAUGUCCAAGGCCUUUUCCGAACUGGACCAAGGGGACACGGGCUUCGUCACGGCUGCGGAGUUUGGGCAGGUCCUCAAGGGCAUCAGCUGCAAUCUCUCCGACAGCCAGUACCACUACUUUCUGAGGAAAGUCAGACUCCACCUCCGGCCCCACAUCAACUGGAAAUAUUUCCUCCAGAACUUCUGCUCUUUCCUAGAGGAGACCUCUGUGGAGUGGGCUGAGAAGAUGCCCAAAGCGCCCCUGCCACCCAAGUCCCUGCCUCCUAAGGACACGGGCAAGAGGGACAUCCUGGCCCGUCUCCACAAAGCCGUGACCACCCACUACAAUGCCAUCGUCCAGGAAUUCGAGAACUUCGACACGAUGAAAGCCAGCGUGGUCUCCAGGGACGAGUUCCGGGCCAUUUGCAAUCGGCACGUGCAGAUCCUGACGGACGAACAAUUUGACAAGCUCUGGGGUGAGAUGCCGGUCACCGCCAAGGGGAAGCUGAAAUACCAGGACUUCCUGAGCAGGUUCAGCUGUGAGAAGGCAGUGUCACCACCCAUCUCCAGGGAAUCCACCCGGGCCCAGAAAGGGAGCAGUCUCCCCGAAGUCUCAGAGGGGGGCCGAUCCACCCGGUCAUCACCCCUGCAUGCACCAAAGGUGGGGACACCAAAGACCUGGAGCCACCCCUGCCUUCAGUCUGCCCUGCACUGUGGUGUCCAUGUGACCAUACAGGCCGGGGACACAUUGGUGGAGAAAUACAACCUGGACCUCAGCCGGGAGGAGAGCCAGCAGCUCAUCACCAAGUACGACCUCAAGAACAACGGGAAGUUCGCGUACUGCAACUUCAUCCAGAGCUGCGUCCUGCUGCUGACGGCGAAGGAGACGUCCCUGAUGCGCAGGAUGAAGAUUCAGAACAUACACCACAUGAAGGAGGCGGGUGAGGAGACAUCGUCCUUCUACGCAGCCCUGCUACGAAUCCAGCCCAAGAUCCUGCACUGCUGGAGGCCCAUGCGGCGCACCUUCAAAGCCUACGACCAGGACGGGACGGGGCUGCUGGGCGUGGGUGACUUCAGGAAGGUCCUGAGGCAAUACAGCAUCAACCUCUCCGAGGAGGAGUUUUUCCACAUCCUGGAAUAUUACGACAAGACGCUCUCUUCCAAAAUAUCCUACAAUGACUUCCUGCGAGCGUUUCUCCAGUAGGGCCAGCAGCCGUGCCCCACACACACAGACGGGGAAAGGGGGGUGAUGCCAGGCCAGACCCGCCCCACCCCCCCAAGACCCAGAGAAUCUAUGACGGGGAGUCGGGGAGCUGGUGAAUCCCCAGAGUGUCUAAG